GCAUUCAAGCACUGAGAAACUCAUCUGUCUAUCUAAAUUCAGUGCAAGAUCUCUGCAAAGGCGCCAUUUGCAAAGCUAGUUUCUUUCCCUGCAAAUCCCUAAGUACGUCUCCUUGUCUGUGUAUCAGCAACUUCCCUAAGAUGUCUUACCAACCAAGACUUAAACGUGAAGGAACAAUGAUUGUCACUGCCAAGGAGGGCAAGAAGCUGCUUGCUGGCGUCCCCUAUGAGAAGACACGUCAACAGACAGCUGCCAUCGGAGAAAAGAGCAAGCCCCGUACACCCAAGGGCAACACUAGUACACCUGUACCCAGGGACAACUGGUGUACACCCAGGGACAACACCAUGGUAGUUACCUCUGCCAACGGAGAAAAGAGCAAACCUCGUGGAGAAGUGAGCAGACCCCGUGGAGAACCCCGUAUACCCAGGUAUCUUACCAUGGUAGAAACAGCACGGGAGGGAAAGCAAAUACUUGAUGGAGAGAAGCUGGAGAAAACUAGGGCUCAAACUGGUGCUCAAACUGGUGCAACGCAGACUCCUCCUAAAUUCAAGAGAGCCACUACUAAUGCCCAGAAUGGAGAAGAGAGCAAACCCCGUGGAGAAGUGAGCAAACCCUAUGGAGAAGUGAGCAAACCCCGUGGAGAAGAGAGCAAACCUCGUGGAGAAGUGAGCAGACCUCGUGGAGAACCCCGUAUACCCAGGUAUCUUACCAUGGUAGAAACAGCACGAGAGGGAAAGCAAAUACUUGAUGGAGAGAUGCUGGAGAAAACUAGGGCUCAAACUGGUGCAACGCAGACUCCUCCUAAAUUCAAGAAAGCCACUACUAAUACCCAGAAUGGAGAAGAGAGCAAACCCCGUGGAGAAGUGAGCAAACCCCGUGGAGAAGCGAGCAAACCCCGUGGAGAAGAGAGCAAACCUCGUGGAGAAGUGAGCAGACCCCGUGGAGAACCCCGUAUACCCAGGUAUCUUACCAUGGUAGAAACAGCACGGGAGGGAAAGCAAAUACUUGAUGGAGAGAAGCUGGAGAAAACUAGGACUCAAACCUACGGCCAACUUUAAUACUUUUACGUAUAGCGAGUAUUUCGUAGAUAGUGUAGAAAGAGGGAUAGGUACCUACUAUUCCUCUAUCUAUGGUUUUUUACGUUUUACUACCUCUAUGCAAACUG